AAAAAUGGCGACAAUCACGUUGUUCGCUGUAGGCUUGCUGCGUCAUUAAAAAUAUUCAGGUAAACACGGGAGUUCAGCGUUGAAAAUGCGAGUAAGUACUUUUGCAAUCGGUCAAAUACUAGAUGUGUCUAACAGAGAUGGUGAUAUCACAUUAAUGUUUUUUUUUUACAUUAGAAGUGCGUGGUGUUUAUUUUUACCAUGAGAGGGGUGUGUGCGCGCGUUGUUGGGCGUUAGCGCACAUCAGUACAAUAAAAUGAGAGUUCUUACAAAAUAUCUAACAAAUAGACAUAGCAAGAUGAACAGCUGCUUUAUAUUUUUUUAGCAGAAUAUUAACGAUACUUGUGAUAUAUUAAAGAUGAUCAUGUAAUGCAUUUUUCUGUGAUAACUUAUCUGUAAUUUAUUGUAUACCACUGACCUCAUGACGUUCUGACGUCUUUUUUUAAAUUAUUAUUAUUUUACUUUUUUUUAGGUACAUUAUUAUGUAGUUUACAUAUUAUAUUGCUUGGCUGUUCCUCACUUAAAUUACUUUAUUUAAUCCUGUAGUUAAACAUCUAAAUGUUGCCAUGAGAAGUCGCAACACAAUAUAACAGCGAAUAUAUGCCUGUUUUAACCCCUUUAAAUGUUUUUACCGAAACAGCCGCUAUAGGAAUGUCAGGCAGAUGUUUUUUCAGAUUAUUUGGCAGGCGUUUCCACUCUCCUGUGAUGGCAAACACGACGCGCUGAUGAAGUUGUUUACAAGAAGAGAUUCGCACGCAGGGCGGGGAUGUUGUGGGAGGAGCCUGAAGUAGCGACUGGACUGGACAGCCAAAGAAAGAGAGCCAAGCGUAGAAGGCGGGGCCUGAGUGUCUUGAUGCCAGAACUAGCAGUCAUGGAGCUGAGCAGGCAACUGUGUGUGAAGAUGAAGAAGCAGAGGAAGGCAGAGAUGUCUGUCCCGGCUGUCAUGAAAGGACUGGAGAUCCACUUCUACCUGCCUGACACACACCAGCUCGAGUACUUCAAAGACUGCCACACUGCGGAGGACCUGUGCGUGGAGGCUGCCAAGAGAUGCCACAUCUCACCUCUGUGCCACAACCUGUUUGCUCUAUAUGAGGAGAGCCAGGAUGUCUGGUAUGCUCCCAAUCAUGUGUUCAAGAUCACAGAGGAGACCAGCAUCAAACUUCACUACCGAAUGAGGUUUUAUUUCACAAACUGGCACGGCACUAGCGAGAUAGAGUCUCCAGUUUGGAGACACUCUCUCAGCAAACAAAAAGGGGGUAUGAUCUCACAGAAGGGCCCUGAGGGAACCCCCCUGUUGGAUGCCGCAUCUCUUGAUUACCUGUUUGCACAGGGUCAGUAUGAUUUCCUGAGGGGACUGGCUCCUGUGCGCACUCCACAGAGUGAGGCAGAGCAUCAUGAGAUAGAGAAUGAGUGUUUGGGAAUGGCUGUUUUAGCCAUAACUCAUCAUGCCAAGGGAAACAAUCUGCCCCUAUCAGGAGCUGGAGCUGAGACCAGCUACAAGCGCUUCAUUCCUGACAGUUUGAACCGCACCAUUAAACAGCGUAACUUCCUCACACGCAUGCGCAUCAACAAUGUUUUCAAGAACUUCCUGAACGAGUUCAACAGCAAAACCAUCCAGGACAGCAACAUAACCCUUUAUGACCUGAAGGUCAAGUAUCUGUCCACUCUUGAAACUCUGACCCAAGGUAUGGGCCGAGAGACUGUAGAGUCCAAGAGCCUGAAAGUAUCAGGGGAGAACGAGGGAUCUCCAGCCCACUCACUUCCCAUAGGAGAUGAUGGACUGGGCUAUGAGGUGCAAGUAUCUGGAACCACUGGGAUCUCUUGGAGGAGAAAGCUCCUACCGAAUCUUCUGAUUGUGAAAGACAAAAGCAAAUCUAAAAAGAACAAGACAGACAGCAAGCAGAAGAAUGACAAGAAGAAAGACGGCAACAAUGGCUGGAUACUUUUCUCAGACUUUAAUGAAAUCACCCACAUCGUCAUUAAGGAGUCUUGCGUCACAAUUUACAGACAAGACAAUAAAACCAUGGAGUUGGAUUUGUAUUACCGUGAUGCAGCUCUGUCUUUUGCUGCGCUGGUGGAUGGUUACUUCCGACUGACUGUUGAUGCCCAUCAUUACCUUUGCACAGAGGUCGCACCUUCAUCUGUGGUCCAGAAUUUAGAGAAUGGCUGUCAUGGCCCCAUCUGCACUGAAUAUGCUAUUCAUAAACUCCGCCAAGAGGGAAAUGAAGAAGGAACCUACGUUCUGCGCUGGAGCUGCACAGACUACAACUACAUUAUAAUGACUGUUGUUUGCAUGGAGAUGGACCUGUGUGAGUCAAGGCCUGUUCCUCAGUAUAAGAACUUUCAGAUUGAAGCGAGCCCUCAGGGCUACAGAUUGUUCGGAACAGAGACGUUCAGGCCCACUCUGAAGGAGCUCCUGGAGCACCUGCAGGGCCAGAACCUGCGUACAGAGAACUUGCGCUUUCAGCUUCGCCGCUGCUGCCCACCACAACCCAGAGAAAUAUCCAACCUAUUGGUGAUGACCACAAACCGAGAGCCCGUCCCCCAGAGACAGCCUCAAGUCAGCCAGCUGAGUUUCCACCGCAUCCUUAAGGAGGAGAUUGUACAGGGUGAGCAUUUGGGACGAGGGACGAGAACCAACAUUUAUGUAGGUAUUCUAAAGCUAAAGAGUGAGGAUGAUGAUGAUGAUGAGAUGGGAGGAUACACGCAGGAGAUGAAGGUGGUGUUGAAAGUGCUGGGAUCAGGACACAGAGAUAUCUCUUUGGCCUUUUUUGAGACAGCCAGUAUGAUGCGUCAGAUCUCUCAUAAACACAUCGCCCUGCUCUAUGGAGUGUGUGUCCGUCACCAGGAAAAUAUCAUGGUGGAGGAGUUUGUUCAAUAUGGUCCACUGGAUCUAUUCAUGCGCAGACAGACCGAACCUCUCAGCACCGCAUGGAAGUUCCAGGUGGCCAAACAGUUGGCUAGCGCCCUCAGCUAUCUGGAGGAUAAGAAGCUGGUUCAUGGAAAUGUGUGUAGCAAGAACAUUCUGGUGGCUCGAGAUGGGCUGAAUGGAGAGGGAGGAGCCUUCAUCAAACUGAGUGACCCCGGCAUACCCAUUACUGUACUCAGCAGAGAAGAGUGUGUGGACAGGAUUCCUUGGAUUGCUCCUGAGUGUGUACAGGACACAGCUAAUCUGAGCGUAGCAGCAGAUAAGUGGGGCUUUGGCACAACUCUGUGGGAGAUCUGUUAUAAUGGGGAAAUACCCCUCAAGGACAAGAAACUCACGGAGAAAGAGAGGUUUUAUGCAGCACAGUGCCAGUUGGCCACCCCAGACUGUGAGGAACUGGCCAAGCUCAUGACCCACUGUAUGACCUAUGACCCCCACCAGAGACCCUUCUUCAGGGCCAUUGUCAGAGACAUUGACAUGGUGGAAAAACAGAACCCCUCCAUUCAGCCAGUUCGCACACUAGAGGUGGACCCAACAGUGUUUGAGAAGAGAUUCCUCAAAAAGAUCAGAGACCUUGGAGAGGGUCAUUUUGGGAAGGUGGAGUUGUGUCGGUAUGACCCACGAGGAGAUCGGACAGGAGAACUGGUGGCUGUGAAGUCUCUAAAGCCAGAGAACCGAGAAGAGCAGAGCAGCAACCUGUGGUGUGAGAUUCACAUCCUGAGAGAACUUUACCAUGAGAACAUCGUCAAAUAUAAGGGCAUCUGCCAUGAAGAGGGUGGCAGAUCCAUUAAGCUGAUAAUGGAGUUUUUGCCGGCGGGCAGUCUGAAGGAAUACCUCCCCAGAAACAAAGCUCAUAUAGACCUAAAAACUGUCCUCAACUAUGCUGUACAGAUCUGCAGGGGCAUGGACUACUUGGGCUCUCGGAAUUACAUCCACAGAGAUCUGGCUGCUCGGAAUGUUCUGGUGGAGAAUGAAGGCACGGUGAAGAUUGGAGACUUUGGACUGACAAAAAGCAUUAAGGAUAAUGAGGGUUACUACACCGUGAAAGACGAUCUGGACAGUCCAGUGUUCUGGUAUGCUCCAGAGUGUCUGAUCCAUUGCAAGUUUUACAGGGCAUCUGACGUCUGGUCUUUUGGAGUGACCAUGUAUGAGCUCCUCACAUACUGCGAUACCUCAUGCAGCCCAAUGUCGGUGUUCCUCAAGAUGAUUGGUCCAACACAUGGCCAAAUGACUGUCACCCGAUUGGUCAAAGUCCUGGAGGAGGGAAAGAGACUUCCAAAGCCAGAUGGCUGUUCAGACAGGUUGUACAAUCUGAUGAGGAGAUGCUGGGAGGCGACGCCUGAAAAAAGGAUUGACUUCAAAGGCCUGAUUGCCGCCUUUCAGCUGAUGAUCGACAAUCAGUAACAAUGGAAUAAGAUGGGACACAGACUCCGCCUUACAAGAGAAAGUCCCAGUUGACAUUUCAUCAACAAAACCACUACAAAAAAAAAAAGAAAAAAAAAAGAAAAAAAGAAAAAAAAAGUGUAUAACUGUGCAGUGUAGCACUCUUUCAUAUAUACUCUCCUCCUUACUGCAUCCCAUAUGCAAUGAAUUUCUAGAUAAACUGCUGGCCAUUUGAAUUACAAAUGGCAAAUAAACCUGCCAGAACCACUGAAGCGAACAGUUGAACGCUGCCCAGCCUUUCUCUGAAUGUGCAAAAAUGUAACAGCCAGGCACUUGAUUUGCUUCUAUUUGUCUUCAAAUUCUAAUGCAGACCAAACAUGGGUGAAGAGAGGAGAAUUGGAAUAUUUUCAUGCAUACGGUCAUACUGUUGACUGCUCUGUAUUUUGCCUCAGUGUCACAGACCUGUCACCAUGUUGCAUGUGUGAACGAUCCAUUAUUCCCAAGGUGCAUUACAGCAUGCGCUGUAUGGAAUCCACUCACACCCACCAAUAAGACAUGUGCAAUGACAGCCCACCGCUGAGAACUGAACCCUGUUGAGGUCAAGAGAGGACUUUGCUUUUCUUUGGAAGAUAAGGAGCAUGUCAGAAUGUAGAUUUACAUGUGUGGUUGGACGUUUGGAGCUUUGAGUGAAUGAUGAGUGGAUUAUGCCCCUUCUCGUCAGACGAUUGACGUGUGAAGUAUGGUAAACUCUCAAAGACUGUGCCUUCGAUUAUGUGUGAGAGAAUGCGACUUAGCUAAACCGUGUCUGACUCGGAGCGGCAGCUGUCCUCCUUCAUGGAGCAUGUCUGGAAUUCCAGACGUGCUGGAUUACUGAACUUUGAAACAGUGCGCACCAGUCGUGUGCACUAUGUUGUCACAUUCAAAGAACUGAACUUCCUCUCAGAGCAUCACAUUUGACACGGAAAACUGAAGUGAGAGCUGCAUGUCGAAGGAUGUUAUAUGGAUAUGCAUCAAUGGGGAACAGUGCUUCAGUGAAAUGCCAACAUGUGGCACUAGGGGACAGUAGAGCUUUUGAAAUAUCUCUAAUGACAACAGCCACAUUUUUGUGCAAGUCAUCCUCUGGGCUAACUUUCAUAAACUAAAGUAACCAUUUACAUCUAAAAAUACAUUAGUAUUUUAUCUGUUCCUUUUUUUUUUUUAUCAAAAUGCAAUUAAAUGCAAACUAACUGAUUUAACAAAAGUGCAAAAUGUUUCUGUUCGAGAACUUGUCGAUGUCUGAAAGAAAUUUGGAAAAAUGGAUUCUGUUGAAAUUUGUUAGUGUUUUAAAGUGCUUAAAAGCCUUAGCCAUUAUUCAUAUCGCUUAAGAGAGGCUAAAUAUUCAAAGAUGCACCAAUUCCUAUCAGAUUAUGCUAAAUCCUCACAUGAUUCCUGAAAAGGGAAAAUGAUUAAUUUCCCAGGUGCAAGUUUCGUGUGGUUUUACACUGAAGGCUUCAUUGUGAAAUGCAUGUUACUGCCUUUUAUAUCCAACGCCUCUGUAGUGGCACACAAUGGGAUUAAGAAUGGUUAGGAAAAAAGGACGAAAUCUAAUAACCAGAAUUCUCCUGUCUUUUAAUGUGGAAUGCAAAAUAAUCUGUCUGCUCAAAAUUAAAACCCCAAACAAUUUUUCUCAAAAACAAAAUUCAAACAAAAUUGUAUCCAACAGGGAUAAAUGUACAUAAAUACACAUAAAAUAAAUACAAUUAAUAAUCUUU